GCACGCUGCCUCUUUGAAGUGACACCACCUUUCUAAAGUGAAACGCAUUGCACUUCAAUUUGGAUUUUGAUUGAUGCCAUCUUGUCACUUUUUUUUAAAUAGUUGCAUUCGAAAUAUUUCCCAUCAAUAUGUCGCUCACUCUACCUCUGCUUAAAAAAAAAAAGCGCGCCUCCUCAGCUCAAUAUGAAGCACCUAUCUCUAAAAAGUACCGAUCAAUCGCGGUAGAUAAUUUCCACUCAUUGGAUUCAACACUUGCAACCCCUCGCGUUCUUAGACAGCUCAAUAAAGCUCAAUCGCUACCAGCUGCUUCAAUCAAAGGCUGCACCCUUCAGGAAUCCAUCAACUCUGAACCUCAAUCCCCCCGCUCCCCUCGCGAUGAACCUUUGUCGACUCCCGCAAUCGCAAUCGAAUUACAUCUCGCAAUUGAGCACGCGAUGAAGGAUCAAGGGAAUGCAUCGAGGGUCGCAUCCGAACUCAUCAAUGCUUUAAAUUCCUUAUCUGAUCGGGAUCAUCGGCAGCAACUUCAAUUUGAAAUGCUGGAAUGGCUAAUUGAGAAAAAAAAUUCGCACUCUGAUGCCAUUGAAGAAUUCUUUGAAUAUAUCAAAAUGGAUAACUCAGGGGAUCACCAGGUGUUGCAGGAAGAGAAUGAAUACUUGUGGGAGGAAGCGAAUAAGAUUGUGAAGGAAAAUCGCUCCAAGCGAAAUAAGUUUGAGGAGGCGCGAAGGAAUGUGGAAUCAAAAUGGGGUCGCGAAAUUUGCAGUUGGUUGUGCAGUAUUAAAAAGACGGGACAUUUUUGGGCAUCCAUUCGAAGUUUAGCAUUGAAGGUUGAUGCCGCAGAGGCUGCUGAGAGAGUGAAUCGAGUCCUGAUUGAUCGACUCAGGAGUUCUAAAGUAGGUCAAUCCAAUAGCCCUUUCUUACAAGCCCAAGAUUUUAUUCGCAGCGCUCAAUUAAAAGAGUGGGAAGCAGUUGCAACGGGGGAAGCAAUUGCAUUUCGGCUUAGCAUUAACGCUUAUGGAUUUUUGGAAUUGGAUUCAAUAUUGAGCGGGGCGCCAUUGGAGAUUGCUGCUCGCGAUGAGAUUGAAAGUGAGGGGGUAAAUUCAGCGAAGGGGAUGGUAGAAAUCGCACGCGUUGAGGGAAUUGAGGGUGGUGGGGAAGCUGCUGCUGCUGAUGCUAUCAGUGAAGUUGGUGAAGGGAGCGAGCGUUUCUCGAGCCCGGCUCGAGAAAUAAAUUUAGCAGCGCACCAAUCUGACCACAUAGCAAGUGCGAUUGAGGGGCUCACUGAUGAUGAGCAGUUUAGCGAUGGGGAGAGUGCAAUCUCUUCAGUCAAGCCUCGACCUCGGGUAGCGCAAUAUCCAUCAAGUCGCCCCAAUCGCCACCGGAAGAAGCGCCGCCCCAAAUCCAUUUGCUCGUGCCCCACCUCGAUUUCGAGGAGGUGGAGGGCCCGCGUUGAAAAGCUCCCUAUGUUGAAAAACGGGCCGUGGGAGUGGGAAUUGCUGGAGGUUGCGUUGAAUUCUGAUGGCGCGUGCUUGCUCCAUUGCAAGGCGCUCGGGAAUCACCUGGGGAUGCGCACCAAAGAGCCACUGGCCUUGAAUUUACUCGAUAAUCUCAAGUGCAUUUAUCAAAAUCGAUUGGAUAUUGGAAAGUUGAAGGUUGAUCCAGCCACGUACCACUUGUUUCGAAAGGAAAAUCGACCCCUCCAACCCAGAGAUUCCUUGGAGCUCUCCAAUUUCUCACCCAUCAAUUUAUAUGAAGACAAAUUUGCCUUUGAUCAAGGGGCGAUUCGACAGUGGGUUGGGGGGGGCGUUGAUUCGGAGAUGUGGGAAAGGGAUGGUUCAAUCGUGAUUGAUAUUUUUAGUUGGUGGUUUGAUUGUGAGAUUGGCGAUUUGAUCUUGUUGGAAUUUGACAUGUACCGCCACCAUUUUCGAGUUGGGGAUUCAACGCGCGCUCGGAGUUGGCUUUGGAAUAUGCGGUUUUCGAUUGGUCAACAAUUGAUGCGACAGGAUCCCUUAUACUAUAGCCUUUACGUUUCUCUUCGACCUGAUUUGCAGUGGCGCCUGGUAUCGCACCCGCAUUGCUCAAGCUACAGCAAGCCAGGUGAGGACAAUCGCUUCUCGCGCUUGGAUAUUAAUGUUCCAGACUUGCUGCAGUGGAAUCGCGGGGCGAAUCUGAUUCAAGGUUCCCUCUCGCUUGAUGACGAAAAGGGAUCGGAUGAAGGAAGCCUUGAUUGCACCAUGGUCAUUCCUGGUAUGCACCUUCAAUUAUCUCAGUGGUGGGGGGCAGUUGUAGAGCGGGGGUUGGAAGGGGUAGAGCCAAUCUAUCGCGUGACAUCGAAAAUGUUUGGAAGAAAAGACGCAGAGCGAUUGGGUAUUGAUUGGAUGCCUCAGCCAUGUUCCAAAGGGCAGGUUCGAGUUACGCUACCGCAUAUACCUCACGGGGUUCACGCAAUUGCGCGCCGCGAUCGCAGGCUGCUCUUUCCGUGCUUUGUUGGAUUGCAAGAUGAUUUAUCAACUUUAGAAGUGAUUGAAGCAGGCACGUGGGAUAUGCUAUCCGCAUCGCAUCGAGAUAUGAUCAAUCCAAGUGCUGCACUCGCAGGUUUGCCACAUCAUGGUAGCUCCAUUCCAUAUAAAUUUCCGGCGGCGGUGGAGCUGUGCGGGCUUGGGUCGCUUUCCGACGCUUUAGUUUGUCGCCGACGAUGGGAUUCGCCUUCAGUAUUAAAAGAUCGAGAUGUAUUACUUUCAGGGCCGCGCUCUGAAGCAGAUGAGUACAUUCAAAAGUGGAGGGCGAAUGCUAUUGCUUUGGUCAAAGCGAAUUUUGAUAUUUUGAGAGAGCAAGAAAUGAAAGCUUUUGGCGAGCGCUCAUACUUUCUCCAUUAUCAAAACCUUCGCAAUUUGAACAUUCCCUUUCCUACCAUGAAGGUCGAUGAUUACGAGAAGGGGACCGACGAUGAAGAGAGCGAUCACCUGCAAUUGGCUGAAUCCAAUUAUUUUACUGAAGAGUGGAGUGAUAGCGACGAUCGUAGCGUUGAGCAAUUUGAUUCAAGUCCAGGCAUUGACGAGCAAAUCGCGAUUACUUCAAACAUUGACGAGCAAAUCAUUAUUGAUGCCCUUCAAAGUAGUGGGGAUAUGGAAACUUGGAAUAAUGAUGCGGGUGUAGAAUUCGCUUUUGAGGGUUGCGCAUUUGAAAGCAGUGAGUUUGGUCUAACCUCAAAAUUUGAUGGAGAUUUAGAGGGCGGUGAGGGGAGAGAAAGCGAUAGCGAAAGAGCAGAAGGGGAUCAAGAAGACAGCGAUGUUGAAGGCGCAUUGAGCAAUAAUGAAGGGUUUGAAGUUAAUCCAGGAUAUGAAAUUGAGCAGGGGCAAGAAAUGGAGCAAGGGCAUGAAAUAAAGCAAAGUCCCUUUGACAAUCAACAAUGUUGCGUUUAUGUUAUCACUAGGCAAUCGCAACGUGGGGAAAUUGCUUUUCACUUUUCCCCUUACAGCGAUAGCGAUCUCUCUUGGUCGAAAUUUCUAACGCGCCUUCAAAACUUUUCCUCUGAAUUUAAUCAUAAAAGCACUCGAGAGAAAGUUGCGUGGUGGCGCAUGGGCCAGCCGGGCCUCGAGGCGCAAGAUAUAAAAUGCACCAAAGAUCCCAGGUGGAGUCCAAGGCUAUUGGGGCAAAAGGAGCUAUUCUUAGGUGGGUCAAGCGAGAGUAUGGCUCGCGAGCUAUAUAAAAUGAUGUUGAUUGAGCUGCGGCAUCAGAAUAUUUCAAGCAUUACAAUUACUCCAUCAAAUUUCAAACGCGGGCUUGGGGUUUCAAGUGAGGGGAGCGGAGUUCAAAAAUCAAUUGAGAACUAGAGUGAAGACGCGCGCUUACUUGUGAGGGCCAUUGCGCGGGGUUGAGAAAUUAAAUCUCGAGCCGGGCUCGAGAUUUCA